AAGUUCCAAGAGAUAGAUUUGACGAAUGGGAAGAAGCAUAUAGACUUGAGUGUGAGCAGCGAAAAAUUGAUGAAAUGUUUAUGAGAGAAGCAUUGCUGGAAGCUAAGAAAGCUGCUGAUUCUUGGGAGGUGCCUGUUGGGGCAGUACUAGUGCAGCAUGUGAAGAUAAUUGCUCGUGGACGCAACUUGGUAGAGGAAUUACGGGAUUCAACUGCACAUGCAGAAAUGAUCUGUAUACGGGAAGCUUCGAGCAUACUAUGUUCAUGGAGGCUUGCGGAUACAACACUUUAUGUUACACUUGAACCAUGUCCUAUGUGUGCUGGAGCAAUUCUUCAGGAAAGAAUUGACACUGUUGUGUGGGGAGCUCCCAAUAAGCUUCUAGGAGCAGAUGGAGGAAAUGGUUCAGAAGUGACAGACAAGCCGGCAGCCCCAGUCCAUCCAUUCCACCCAAAUAUGGGAAUCAGACGGGGGCUAUUGGCUUCAGAGUGUGCAGACAUGAUGCAACAAUUUUUCCAGCUUAGGAGAAAGAAUAAGGGAAAGAAUGCAGAGCAGCCCCAAUCACCAUCUUCUCUUCCUGUAACAAGUCAUCGUUCGAAAUUCUUUACCAAGAUGCAUGAUAUCUUGCAUUUGAUGUUCUGUUUGUGA